CGCUAAGCGCAUUCUAUCAGCCGAAGCUCAGCGCUCAUCAUUCGGACUGAGUGUUCUCGAUCCUCCGCCAAUUUACACUAUAAUUUCUAGCGAUCAGGCCGACCUGAGCGUAUCAAAUUAGCGAUUCGCCAUUCCCGCGAAACCAGACUCGGGAUUUUGUUCAAACUCGGGGCAUUUCGGACCAAGUCUCCUCUCGAUCGUAUUCGGGAUUAAUUUUUGAGGUACAACGACCCGAAGAUCACAUUUUCACUGUGUGGACGCUUCACAUCCGCGCUGGGACGAAGCGAGCGUUGCCAAAACAUCUCAGUUUAUCGUUUCGUGCGCUGUUGAGACACCGACCGAGAAGAGAGCAUGCGCGAGUAACCGGUUUCUGUGGUGGGACCUCAAGCUCCUCCACUCUGCAGGAGUCCCUGUGCUGUAAGACACCAGACCCUCACCCACACUCAGUUCAGCAGGUGUGAAGAUGAGGAAGUUUGCGUAUUGUAAAGUGGUGUUGGCCACCUCUCUAGUGUGGGUGAUGCUAGACAUGUUCAUCCUACUCUACUUCAGUGAGUGCAACAAAUGUGACGACAAAAAAGACAGAGGAUUGCCAGGGAGAGACAUUGUGGUUCAGAGGCCUCAUGACGGCCCAGGGGAGAUGGGAAAGCCAGUAGUCAUCCCUAAAGACCAGCAGGAGAAAAUGAAGGAAAUGUUUAAGAUAAACCAGUUUAACCUGAUGGCCAGCGAGCGCAUCGCUCUCAACCGAUCUUUACCAGACGUCCGGCUUGAGGGAUGUAAGACGAAGGUGUAUCAGGACGAUCUCCCUCGUACCAGUGUGGUGAUCGUAUUCCAUAAUGAAGCAUGGACCACUCUGCUCCGAACGGUCCACAGCGUCAUUGACAGGUCACCAAGACAACUGCUGGAGGAAAUCGUGCUGGUGGAUGAUGCUAGCGAGAGAAACUUCCUGAAACGUCAGUUGGAGCAGUACGUCAGACGGUUGGAGGUGCCUGUUAGGGUGAUACGGAUGGAGCAACGCUCUGGCCUGAUCCGUGCUCGGUUGAAGGGGGCGUCCAUCUCCACGGGUCAGGUGAUCACCUUCCUGGAUGCCCACUGCGAAUGCACAACCGGCUGGCUGGAGCCGCUGCUCGCACGCAUCAGACUUGACAAGAGCACUGUUGUGUGUCCCAUCAUUGACGUGAUCAGCGAUGACACCUUCGAGUACAUGGCGGGGUCUGACAUGACGUAUGGAGGCUUUAACUGGAAGCUGAACUUCCGCUGGUAUCCAGUACCACAGAGAGAGAUGGACCGCAGAAAAGGAGACAGAACUCUGCCUGUCAGGACUCCCACCAUGGCGGGUGGUCUCUUCUCUAUAGACCGAGAUUAUUUUCAAGAGAUUGGCACAUAUGACGCAGGCAUGGACAUCUGGGGAGGAGAGAAUCUGGAGAUUUCCUUCAGGAUCUGGCAGUGCGGGGGAACUCUUGAAAUCGUCACAUGUUCUCACGUGGGUCACGUGUUCCGAAAAGCGACUCCUUACACGUUCCCUGGAGGAACUGGUCAGAUCAUCAACAAGAACAACAGACGGCUGGCAGAAGUCUGGAUGGAUGAGUUCAAGAAUUUCUUCUACAUCAUCUCACCUGGUGUGACGAAGGUGGAUUAUGGAGACAUCUCAUCCAGAUCAUCUCUGAGACAGAGGCUGCAGUGUAAGCCCUUCUCCUGGUACCUCGAGAAUGUCUACCCAGACUCCCAGAUACCACGGCACUACUACUCCCUUGGAGAGAUCCGUAAUGUGGAGACUAACCAGUGCCUGGAUAACAUGGCCAGAAAAGAAAAUGAAAAAGUGGGAAUUUUCAACUGUCACGGAAUGGGCGGCAAUCAGGUUUUCUCCUACACGGCCAAUAAAGAGAUCCGAACUGAUGAUCUUUGCCUGGACGUGUCCAAGCUCAAUGGCCCUGUCAUGAUGCUCAAGUGCCAUCACUUGAAAGGGAACCAGCUCUGGGAGUAUGACCCGGUGAAGCUGAGUCUGGUACACGUGAACAGUAAUCAGUGUCUGGAUAAGGCCUCUGAAGAUGACAGUCAGGUGCCCAGCGUCAAGGACUGCACCGGUAUCCGAUCACAGCAGUGGCUGCUCCGCAAUGUCACACUGCCUGAAAUAUUUUGAGACACGCAAGCACACCGAGGGUCAGACGGACGGACUCUCAAACAGAUUUAAAGAGGAGAGAGAGAGAGAGGACUGCUUUUCUCUCAAUAGCUGGUGGUCUGCCUUUAAUAGAUCUAUACAAACAGAACUUCAUAUGUAUAUGAAUCUCCCAUCACUCCACCGAAAUGAGCGAAAGAUGGAGAGAGACUCGUUGGAGAGAACACUUGAGUUUGAUGCCCUUGCCUCCUCGUUUGAGGAGAAGGGGGCGUUUUGGUUAUAAUUACGAGAACGCCUACCUUUUAGAGUAUCAUUGUGUGUGUGUCUGUGUUGAGAAUGUGUGGGCCAGACAGUUUUCCACAGAGUUUCGCCCUUUUAAUUUAAUUAAGCCUUUUAGAAAUGAAGGGUGUUUAGCACAUGAAGGAGAGGCUUAUAUGUUUGUGUCUGAGCGCAUGUGUGUGCAUGUCUUUGAGUGUGUAACAUAUCAGGAUGGAUCUUCCUACAGUGUCUGUGGAUGUUAGUGGACUGCUGUCUGUUCGCCCAAGCUGAGAAGCAAGGGCUCCCCCCACUGGCCAUUGACAUACGGACACCUGUCAAUCAAUCUAAAAUGGACAACUACUGAUCUAUAAUCUAUAAUCAACCAACGGGAUGACGGAUUGUCAAGGACUUUAUAGGAAAAGUUUCAUAUCGUCAGUGUUCAUGCAACAUUUUUUACACCAGAUACUUUUCUUGGUUUCUGCAUUUUUGGGUACCACAUAAAUGCACAUUUCACUCUUGUAGGACUGUGGUCUCUCUAAAAGGUUUAAUAGCAGUUUGACACAAUUUGAUUAAAAUGGUUGCCUUGGUAACAUACAUUACAUUACCCAUAAGCACAUGGGUUCAUCAGGAAGAGAUGGAACAUAUUUUGUCAUAUCAUCCAGCAAGGGCUUGGUGUCACUGUUAAUGUGCGUCAGAGAGAUUGACUGCAUUUACUUUUGUCUGUGUUUAUUUUCACUUCAAAGUGUUACUGAUAUAUGUAGACACAUUCCUUUUUUUAUUUCAGCAAUUUGUCAUCUGAACAUGAUAGUGGCCAGUGUCUGGCUUUAAGAGAAACUACAAGCCACAUUGUAAGUCAUGUGUUUAGGUGUGAGCCUAAAGAGAUUUGUUCAGAAUUAUGUCUUGCAUUUCAGAUUUUAUUGUUGAUCUGUUAUUUCACUUUUGUGAAUCCAGUCACUCCGAUCUCGUGUCAUAUCAGAAAAAAAAACAAGAAACUAAGACUGAAUAGUGCUGCUCAGAUGAGAAAGGAGGACAAUGGUUGGAAGAUCAAAGUGAAGUUUUGAGAUUUGUAUUGAAAAGUUGGGAAAGAAUCCUGAUGUAUUGUUUUUUACCCUUGAAAAAGUGUUUGACCUGGCCCAAUACUUCAAAUGAUCUUGCACUCUUCAUGUUCUGGUCUUUCAUGUGUAAUAUUUCUUCUGCCAAGAAAUUAUGAUUUUAGAUUGUAAUUGUCAAAAUAAUGUAAAAUCUACACGAACUACAGAAGAGAUGAAUUAAAGAUAACAUUUAAGUAUUUGUAUAGGAUAACAGGAUCACAUCUAGAUGUGCGAGCGUGUGUUUUUAUAUCUGUCAAAGGGAUGUCAUUAGUUUUUGUUUGUUUUGCUUUUUUGUUGAUGAGGAUCUGGCCUGCUGAAUGGUGGGUUGGAGAGCCCUGUGUUGAGAUGAUCCACAGGCUGGAGAAAUAAACCACAGAAAGUUUACAGUCUAACUCCUCUGUUGGAUUUUUAUGACAAUUUCAUGCUGAAGUGUAUCAGAAACAAUCCAUAUAUAUACAGCCGUGGAAAAAAUGAAAAAAGACCAUUUCAAAAAUUAUGAUUUUUUUAUUAAUUCUAACUUGCAAUAUUUAUUGAUAAUUUUAAGUAAAAAUAUUGUUUCUGUUUGCAUUUUUUGCAUUUAGGUAAAAAAAUAGGUGAUAAUUUUGUCAUUAUGUGGUUUUCAUGUGUCUUGUCAUGCUGAAAGUCAUUCACAUUGCUGUUGGACGACUUAAUGUCACUCCUGAGGUUUGAUUUUGUCAGAAUUCAACAGACUCUGGACUGGAAUGGACACAAUAUAGAAAUUCUAAUUUAGUGAAAAUUUGGAAUUCAUCUCUUUCAUUUUUCCACGGCUUUAUAAAUAUACUGUAUAUAUAUAUACUGUAUCUGGUUGCAAUAUUCAAGAAAAGUUGACAUUGCCCAACAAUUUAUAAUCUGUUACAGUAUGUCUUGUUUAAUUUGGUAGUGCUGCCAUGAAGCGUCUCAUGAACUCUUAUAGCCAGAUGCAUGUUGCAAUAUGUAAAAAGAAACUAAAGCUUCACUUUCUGAUUGAUGUUUUUGCUGUCAACCAAAAUAUUGUUGAUACCUUUUUACUGUUUAAGGGCCGCUCUAGCAAACACAGAAGGGGCCUGGCCCAUAAUACACCCUAAAACAAUACAUAUUUAUAGCCUCAUUUCAUGCAAUAGCAAGAUCUUCCUCGAUCUAAUUAAAAUACUACAGCAAGGAAAAGAAGAAAUCUAAUUUCCCUACAGUUGCCCGGAGAUAUUUCAUUGGCACAACUCAUUAAGAGAUAUUUGGUCUGUUUUCAUAUUUCAUCUUUUGUUGGAGGAAGCAAUUUAAGCAUAAGUUUUAGGAAUAUGCCUAACAUCCCCAGAAAGUUAUAAAUUGCAAUGCUAGAAAUCUCAGAAAAUAAAUGUGCACAUGUUGGGUUGGAAAAUAAAAGUCACAUUUAGAUUUGAAUUAAAAGAACAUACUUUGAUGUU